CAUAUUACCUGCAAGUGGACAGUGUGUAUUGAAGAAGAAAUUAAUGUGUUUUUGGUUAUUGGAGUGACAUUGAGUUCUAGAUCGAUGGAUGAGCCGGAACAGGGGACGUAGUAGUCGCUCGUUCAAAGCCCUGAUGUACCUGUUUUGUUUGAAUAUGGGUAAUUCCAAAUCAACAAAAUGUGACACUGUAUCACUUGGAAUGCCGAAACGGGAGCGGGAGCUACACCUGGCGGUGAUGGCUAAUGAUCGGGAGGGUGUGAAAAUGUUGAUCACACAAGGAGCUGAUAUUAACUACCCCUGGAGUAACCCAGCUGUGCCCAGUGUUAAAGAUAGUACCACCCCUCUUCUGGCUGCUGUCUCUCUCAACCAUGUGGAGGUCACUCAGAUUUUGCUGAAAGCUGGUGCUGCCAUCAACUUAACUGACAAGAAUGGUUGUACUCCAUUGUACAAGGCAGCCUUCCAUGGCCGACCAGUCCUUAUUGACAUGCUACUGGAAGCAGGAGCUGAUAUAAACAAGUCUGACAAGGAAGGACAGUCUCCGCUGUAUAUCUGUGUACAGAAUGCCAUUGUGCAUUCAAGUUAUGUAGCUGUUCAAAGACUUUUAACAGCAGGCGCUGCCAUUCACUUGUGUGACAAUUUAGGAAAAACACCAAUCCAUGUAGCUGCUCAUUGGAAAUUAAAGGACAUGAGUCGAAUGCUUCUGAACGAGAAUGCAGAUGUGAACAAGCUUGACCACAUGGGCAGAACCCCGUUGUAUGUGUGUGUUAGCUCCCUCAGUACAGGCUUGUAUAAAGAAGACCUUAAGUAUCAGGUGCCCUGCAUCAAGGUUCUGUUCGCAGCCGACUGUGAUAUGCUGAACUUAGUGGACUGGCUAAAGUGGAAGGGACCUGGCAUUCCAGAUGAACUUUUGGCAGAUGAUGAACCAUUUUCCUUGUGGCAUAAAAAUAAUAUGAACUCUCCACAUUCUCUUAUGAAUUUGUGUCGUAAGAUGAUACAGCAGCGUUUGAAAGAGCGUGGAAACCUGUUGGAGAUGGUUUGGCGUUUGCCUGUACCAGCCACACUCAAAAACUACCUAUCUCGUACCAUGUUCCACCUACCCCAGCCCAAAACACAGGAAUGACGACAUUGAUUAGCUUAAGUUUAACUGAUAAGUGACAUGUUGAUAGUGAUAUAAUUGUUAUGAACAAAGGAUGUGUGUUGAAUGAACUUGUCACACUGUCACAUGCAGAUUCGUACGACGUAGUGAUCACAAUCCCAGAGAUUUGUAAACGAUGAUAAUCCUGAAUCUCCCUAUGUGUACACUUCGUUAUUGUUUCACAUGUGGUAAUCCUUUCACCCGAAAACAGGAGACAUCAUUUAAAAAGCACCUGGAAAACGCUGAAUCAUUUCAUGUCAAAUAUUUAAUUAUAACUGUAGGAUCAGACAAAAAGACUUUAAAUAGCCUUUACAUGUCUUCGCCUAAACCUUUACAAUUAUUAUCAUUAAAACUGCUUCAUGUUGCUUCUUAAAUACUAAUUACAAUUAUCGUAUCGCUAAUAAAUCCACUUACCGGUAAGUAUAUGUACCUAUUUGAGAAAUGAUAGGUGAUUUGAUUAAUAGGUGAUUUGAUUAAUUGACUUUACAUUUAAUUGAUACUUAUUUGGCUUCCAAUGGCGAUGUAUCUACUGCUAUUCUCUACUGUAUGAUUGUAAUCAGAUUUGAAGCAUGAAAUGGUUAAAUAGAUGUUCUAAAGCUCCUACUGAUCGGAUUGUUAGGUCUUUAUUGAAAUCAAAGUGUUGAAUAUUACAUUACAGAGACUUCAAGUUUAUAACUGCAAUUUCCUUAUUCUUUUACCAUGAAAGGGUCAUACAUGAGUGAAGUAUUUUAUGUGAAAUCAGAUGUUUCUGUUUGUAUUACAUCAAUAUCUUGAUAGAUAAUCCCUGUAAAAUGAGAAACAAAUUUAUGAUUUGAAUUUGAUGUAGAAAUUUUAAAGUAAUCAGACAUGAUUAGUUGUGCUGGAAAUUCAUGUCUCAUACAUUUUAAGAAAUCUUGAAAGAAAUAUUUGAGUGGCUGUACCAGCUACUCUCUGAAUUAUUUUUCAAUUUUGAAAGAAUUAUUUAAAGACGUAUUAUGUAUCAAAACUCAAAUUUAUCUGAUAUCUAGGUAUUUAUAUUCAUCAUGAUUCACUGGCAUUGCAUAUUUGAGAGUGCUAUCUGUUGAGAGUAACGGUUAAAAUCAAUUGUUUGUUUGGGAUGAGGUAUGAGGUCCCUGUAAAGAUUUCAAUUGCAAGGAUAUGAGUUAGAUACUGUAGAACAUGUUCUGUAAUGGGAGACAACUCUUACGGAUACUGUAGAACAUGUUUUGUAAUGGGAGACAACUCUUACAGAUACUGUAGAACAUGUUCUGUAAUGGGAGACAACUCUUACAGCACUAUUUCUUUGUUGACAUUAUGUAAAAAAUUUUUUUUUAAAUUGAACAUGUAUAUGUAUAUGGUAUAUAAAUAUAUAAAAGGAUGAUAAUUCAUGUUAACUUCAAUAUCAUAUGGCAAAUUAUAGCUUCGUCAAAUUGCAUGGUAAGUGCAUACUGGUAUGCAUAAGCUUUUGUUACCGACUAUUUCGGCACUCAUAUUUACAGGUAAGGUUCUGUUUAUUGAGUGUUUAGCAACCUGAUAAUACAGUGGUCAAUUACCAAAAUAAUCACCUGUAUGAUAAAUCUUUUUACCCUUUCUCAACAGGCACAUUCAUUUAUCAUUUAACAUUCUAAAAUAUAUUACAGAUUACAACAAAUACUGUUGUUGUUCAAAAGGAGUGGACAUGAUGUUUUUGUUGUUGUAGUAAAGGAUAUUUCAUGAAUUUUACACUCCAGUUAAAAACAAAAUUUGACGUUACAAUAAACAUUUAGAAAAGAGUUAUUCUGACAGUCAGGUCUGUUAUUAUGUGUAUUGAAUAAGCUACACUAUUUGAUUUUUAAUUUGUCAAACAAAAAUAUUAUGUUAAACAUUGUGCAAUUUUUUGUAUAGUAAAUAUGUAUCUGGUGAAUGAUCUGGCCUUCAAUCACAUUAUACAUACAGUUGUAGAUUACUUUUGUGAUGUUGACCUUCCAUGUGGAAUAGUGAAUACCUGAAAGUUGAAGCUGAGCGAGUUACGUUUUAAUGUAAUAUCUUGAUCUUGGCCUAAGGUUUGUGGUGACUAGGACCUGAAAGUUUUUGAUGACUUUAACCAAAUGUUUAGAAACGUUUGAUGGAAGUAGGAAACCUUUAAAAGAAAGCUGAUGACCUUUUAUCCAAAGUUGAUGGACUUUUUCUGUUUCAUCCAAAAAUGCUGAGUUUUGUCCUUUGAUUUAUGUGUGAUAAAUUUUGUCUUUUGAUCUAAGGUUGAUGGACUUGAUUAAAAGUUCAUAAAAUAUUUUGAAAUAUGAUUGAAGGUUGAUGACCUUAGAUCUAAGAUAGAAAAUAUUUCAUUCAUUGUUGAUAUUUGUCUGAGGUGUGUGUAAUGUAUGAAUCAUACAUUGUGUAAAGAGUGCAAAGCAUAAAUCAUAUGUUUUGUAAAGUUUUAUGAGUGCAAUGUAUGACUCAUAUGUUUUGUAAAAAGUUUUAUGAGUGCAAUGUAUGACUCAUAUGUUUUGUCAAGAGUUUUAUGAGUGCAAUGUAUGACUCAUAUGUUUUGUAAAGAGUUUAUGUGUGUGUAAUGCAUGAAUCAUAUGUUAUGUUAAUCAAGAAUACGUAUUGCAGAGGAUUAAAAUCUUUGAUUGCAAAUAUGUCCUGAAAAUCUCAGUCUCAAGUGCGUUUGAGUCUGAUACAGUGUAGACUUGUUAUCUAGUCAAGAAACUGUUACUGUUAUAUCAUUAUUAUAAUUAUACUUUAUAUUUCUUUCAUAUGUCAUUCAUAUCAUAUACAUGUAGUAUAGCCGUGAUUUACCUUAAAUAAUGCAGUGCAUGUCUAUUCUAAAAAAAAAUCAAUAUAUGUUUUUCUGUGUAAUACAUUAGCAUCUUUACCUGUUUGUACCUGUGCACACCUGGCUAUUGUAUACCUAGUAAUUUUUUACCUGGCUGCUAUUCACUGUCCCUCGCUGGGCUACUGUUAUUAAUUUUCCUGGGUACUUUGUACUUUCCUACAAUUCAACUGCAUAUGGCUACUCGUAGACAUGGCUACUGCUCCCUCCCUAGCAACUGCUUACCUGCCUGGCUGGUAUUUACCUGGAUAUUGUUUACUGUUUACCUGUAUUUACUAGUAAUUGUAUACAUGUGUUAUAUGACAUAGAAUCAUCUGCCUACCUAUUAACCUGUCAACCCUUUUUUUUUUUUUUUUUAAGUAUCAUUCAAAUUCCCUUAGCGUUUGUUUUCCUUGUUGCAUAGAUUUUUCAUCAGAUUGAAGCUGUUACUGUAAUACUGCCAUUAAUGUUAUCACCACUAUGUAUUCUGGCGCUGUAAUUAUGCAGUGGUGAUUUCAAAGUUCUGUUGAUUUCAUAUUUUUUUUUCUGAAAUAAUAUCCCAAUGAAAGUAACUGCAUGCUUUUAUAAAAUAGAAAAAACACCCCAUAUUACUGCUGAGAUUCUCAGUAUUAUGGACAAAUUGCCAGUUGAAUUGUUAAAAUAAAAAGGGAACAAUAGAGGGCUAGAGCUUCUGAACUAAUCAAAAGUCUAGGAAAAGAACGAUACAGGAUUUAGAGUAACGCCACAAUGUCACAAAUGAAAAAUUGAGAACUAUCUGUCAAUCAAAGCUCUGCAAGGUGUUAUAAAACAUGUUCACAGCAAAAUAUUAAUGUGAUUGGUAUUAUAACACUGAUAAUAGUAGCUGUUCUUCAUCUUAAAUGCAUCUCAAUGUUACAUGCUUUUAUUAUCUGACUCUCCUUUGGAAGAAAUGGUUUUGUUAAAAUGUAAUUACUAGAAAUUCUGAAUUAAUGCAAAAUUUCCAACUAGAAAAUACCUGAAGUAGUCAAAGUUUGUCAGAUUAUCAGGUCCAUGUCAGUUAAGUAUAAAACUAUUAGAAUGUGUUCUCGUGAUUACAUUAUAUUUCAGCUUACAAUUUUUAUGUAGUUUCUUUCUGAUAGUAUAUACAAAUUCUGUUCCAUGAUAAUUUUCAAUAGUGCAAUACUUUUGUCAUGUAAUUAUCUUCUUAUUUUUCCAUUAUUUGGAACACAAACUAGCCUUAUGACAUGUGUGUGAUGUAAUUAUUAUUUCAACUGACUGUUCCUACUUCAUGAUUUGUGGAAGCUGGUGACCAUUGAUGAAGGAUCAAGUACUUGGAUGUCUUUUAUUUAAGUUCAGUAAUUUUUAGUCAUACAUUUCAUCUAGUCCUAAUAUGGAAAUGUCAAUUGUUUGUCAACAACUUGUUAGCUGUUUUACAGAAUAUUACUGAAUUAGAAAUAUUUUAAAACAUAAAUCUGAAAUCCAAAUUGUUUUUCAUCAGUGGUAUCUGUGUAUGAUAUUUCUGUUAGAUAUCAAUGCAGUAAUGGUGAUGUAUUGUAUAUACAGAAGUCUGUACAGCUUACAGCUUCAUGUCUGAAUAUUAAUGAGACUAAAUAUUCUACACCUUUUUGAAAACAUCUAACAAAAUACAACACUUUUAACAAGUAGAGGGGUCACCAUCUGUCUCUAGAGGGUUUCUGUAGCCCCUUACUAGACUUAAGUGGAGGGGUCCAUGUCUGUUACUACAGAAUUUCUGUAGCUCCUUGCUGGUCUCGAGUAGACAGGUCUGUCACUAUAGAAUUUCUGUAGCUCCUUGCUGGUCUCGAGUGGUCAGGUCUGUCACUACAGAAUGUCUGUAGCUUCUUGCUGGUUUCAAGUAGACAGGUCACUAUCUCUUACUACAGAAUUUUGUAGCUUCUUGCUGGUCUCAAGUGGGCAGGUCUGUCACUACAGAGUUUUGUAGCUUCUUGCUGGUUUUGAGUAGACAGGUCUGUCACUAUAGAAUUUCUGUAGCUCCUUGCUAGUUUGCUUGUCUUGAUUGGAUAGAUUUCUACCUUUCACUAAAAAAAUCUGCACGUCCUUGCUGGUCGAGGGGGUUCAAUGGAUUUUUUUUCUUUUUCCUUUUUUCUCCUCUAAUUUACAUAUAUGGUAACGCUUUCGGUGUCAAAAAUAAAAUAAUUGACAUUGCAUAAUAACUAGAUUUGUGUAAAUUGAAUUUAUAAUUAUGUACAGUGUUUCCAUAUACUGACCAUAUUGUACCUUAGCUAACCAAGGAUUGUGUCUCCAGUAUAAUCCUCUUUGUGUAAUGGAAUCGAUCCUUGAUUGGUGCAGAUUGUUGUACCUGCACCAUUGCUGUAAGGGAAUGGCUGGAACACCAUUCCUACCUGUUUCCAUCAAUUUUACAUUCUACUACUGGUACUUGUUGUAAAUGACUAAAACAUCACAGUUAGGUUGUUAAUGUGGAAUUAACUGGUAGCUGGCUCUACUGGGAACUCCCAUUUCACAUGAUUUCUCUAAUCCUACAGACAUACUAUCAAGUGAUUUCUAGUUCCUACAGACAUCACAUGAUCUCUGGUUCCAGGGUAUUAUCUAUGGACAUCAAUUAAUCUUUGAGUUGUACUGUAUUUUUGGAUCCUGCAGACAUAACGUAAUAUUUUAUAGCUCUUUUAAGCUAUGAAGUAAAACAAGAUAAUACCAAUAGGAAUCAAAUUCUAAAAUGUUUCAUAAUAGGAACCAGAUAUUUGUUUACGGAAAAACAAAUAGAUGAACGAGGUGUAUGAUAACAGAUAUCCUCAUAUGAACCAGAUAUCUCAAUAUCCCUAGAGAACUAAUAUCGCACGACAAUAUCCAAGUUGUUUGUGCUGAUCCACGAUUCAAAAAGAUGGUAGGUUUGAAGUAGAAGUAUUUGUAUAAGUUGAGUUUUGAUUACCCUGCUGCUGGUGAUGAUAUGGAAACACUGUAAUGAUUUUACUUCAUUGUCAUUCAUACAGACUUGAUUAUAUGAAUUUGUCUGAAAUUAUAUGCUUUUUUGAUUCCUCCUCAUCAAUGUUGUGAUAUGUCCUUUUUUUUCUAAUAAACUGCUUGAAUUACGUUUCCACUUUAUAUAUACACAUAGAUAAAUAAUUCAUUGAAUUUGUUCCUAGAAGAAUUGAUAAUGGUCGUCUAUCUAGUGUGAACUGCCAGUAAUAGCUAAGCCUUAAGAUAGAUAAGAUUGGUAUAGUGCUACCUGAUUUUCAAUUCAGUGUUUCUGUUCACAAAGAUGACAGUUCAUCAUUUCUUGUGAGGUUCUAGAUGAAUGAAUAAACUUGAAUAUAAUUCGUUUGCUGUAUCCUUCUUAAAAGAACAGGUGUCUAAUUAAAUGAAUCUCAGUUUUCAUUGUCUUUGUGUAAAGAAGUGAACAGAACUGUAUAACACAUGAAUGUGUAUGUAAAACUAAACAGUAUUGGAUUAGACAGAGAGAGAGAAUGUCUUAAAGGCUAAAGGCCAUGUUAUUAACCCUUUCACCACUGUAGACCAUAAUGGACUCAUUCAGAACAAUGCAUGGGAGAGUCUACUAAAGCUGCAUAGGGGUCAAAAGGGUUAAUACAAUGGAUUUGUCUCCGGAUUGUAUGUGUUAAAGAGAGAAUGGGAGAUUAUGUGUUGGUCUAGAGGUUCUUUUAUGAGUGUUAAUCUUAUAAUGGAAUUUUUCAAUCAAAUCUUUCAAUUGCUGUUUAACAAGGGGCAGUUAAUUUCAUAUGCAUUUUCUUUGAAGAGGUAUUUUGAAUUAUUCAGAAUACAUUAGAUCAGUUUUAGAUAGGUUGUGCACAAAUGUUAUAUUCUGUUUAUCAUAUGACAUGAGAAACUGUUUCCUUAUCAAAAAGCUGUAGUCAGUUUCCCAUUUUGGAAGAUUCCAUGACGUCGCACACUUGUUUAUAUGAUAAUGUCAUAGCGGACUAAUCGGUAUCACACAAUGUCAUAGUACACUACAUAUAUGUAUGAGUAGUUUGUCUAUACCCUAAACACCCUGAAACUACACACACUACACAAAUCUCUGUAUAAACAGCAUCAUGAAACUUCACAAACAGAAACUUUCUUUAUUUUACAACAAUUAUGAUACAAGUUUUCUAACUUCAAUCUUGUUGGCCCGGAUGAAAGCGCACCGAGGGUCUUAAUGUGGUUAUAAAAUAUAUUUAAAGAGAGGUAUUCACUUCAUUUUUAGUUGAUCUUUCAACCAUCAAAACAUUUCCGAACUUUGCAACAUUACCACCCGAGAGUCACAAAGCUCAAGUGAUCAGUGUCAGAAUGAGCCCAUGGUAAUUGGCUGUCUUAAAGCAAAAAAGUUGUUGGAAAAUGUUAAAAGAGAAACAAUGACUUGGAUAAAUGUUCAGAAAUCAUGAAAAUGUUGAUGAUGUUGAGAAAAUCUUUUUAUCAUCUUUGUGUUCAAUUUUACUCUUCCAUAAGUGAAGAAAACCUACAAACAUUUUUACUGUUUCAGUUGAAAUAUGCUAACAUUUUUGAUAAUGUAAUCAUGCACUCAUUGUUGACUCGGUGUACUUGUAUUAAUGAUGUGUAUGGAGAGACAUCCAUGGUUUGUUUGUAAAUAGCUUAAGCACCAGGCGUUCAAAGUAGCAUUUGCUUUAGGACAAGGUAACACAAAUGUUAUUUCCAUAUAUUGACAUCACUUACUAAAGUUACAUAAAUCAAUCUGGGGCAUCACAAACUUGUCAAAGCCUACCUGAUCACAGAAAGUAUUGUUCCUCUAAAAUCACAUCAGGUUAUAGACACUGUAUAGUGUACUCAAUAUAAUCAUUUGGGGACACAAAACAGACUUCUUGUUAAAUCUUGUUAACAUACUAAUUGUAAUCAUUGAUAAACGAUCACAGAAUUAGCUAGUGCUCCUCCCAAAUGGUGUUAAAUUGUAUAAGCUACAUUUUUGUCUGCAUUGACAGAGCUUAAUGAAUUGAACCCAAGAGUCUUAAUGAUCACUAAAAGAUGAAUUUGUCUGAUUUAAAGAACCUAAAGAAAAAUGUUAGCUGCAGGAUUUCAUGAAGAAAAAAUUAUAUUCGAACUUUUUUUUACAUGUUUCAAGCUGUAAUGGAUAGUAAAGCGAUGUGUUAGCAUGUGUGGGUGAGUGUUCUGACUAUGUACAGCAUAGCUUAACUAUUUAGCUUGCACAAGUUUAAUUCUUGCAUCUUUAAAAAUUAAUUAAGAGUGUAGGUUCAGAUAUGGCAGGUCAAACAAAGCGGCGAUGGAGAAACACAGACAUAUGUUGUUUGGGGUCAAUUAGACAACUCUGUUAUACUUCUAAGGCAAACUUGAAUAUUAAAAUGUUGAUUUGUGCAUGUUGAUUGAAUAUGAAAGAAGGCAUUGCAAGAAACUACUAUAGAGUAUAAAUGUUGUGUAGUCAUACUCAUUAACUAUAUAUAGACCGUCUCAACAAGGAGAACUAUUUUUCAUUUUGUUGUUCAAAUAACACACCUAUAGCUUUUUGCAGGGCAAAUUUUUAUCAAAUAAAAUAUCUGAAUGAAAA